AUCUACCGCUGCUCACACAUCCCAGCCGACCGAAGGGAAACAAUAAAACAAUGGCAAAAACACGCUCACAAAAAUCGAAAUCGAAAUCAAAGUCGAAAUCCGGCAAACGAGAAAGAUCAGUCCUCAAUUCGACCGGCGCAUUCUCGACAAACCCACACGCAAGCACAAAAACUCCCUCAACCUCCAAUUCCAACCCGCCGAUAGCGAGACCGGACGAGAGCCUCCUCAUAGAGGCCACUGCCCUCCUCCACGAGAACUCCUCCCCGGACGCCGCACUCCCACUCCUGAAAAAGUAUCUCGAGACAAACCCGAAUUCCCCACAAGCCCUGGACCUCCUGGGCGAGGCGCACAUAGAACUCGGCGACACGGAGGCAGCCUUCGCCGCAUUCUCCCAAUCCGCCUCACUAGAUCCCGAAGGUCAGGCGUCGCCAGCGGGUACGGGUCCCGAGAAAUUCCUCUGGCUGGCACAGUUAAGCUCGGCCGAGACGGCGGUGGCAUACUACGAGCGGGGCGUGGAGAUCAUAAAGCGAUGGCUAUCCACUACCUCCACCACCUCGCACCCCGUCGUCACCGCCGAACGUGGCUUGGCGAAAAAGCUCGUGUCGGCGUUGUGCGGCCUGGCGGAGAUCUACAUGAGCGACCUGUGCAUGUCCCCCGACGCCGAACCACGCUGCGAGCGCUACGUGACUGAGGCGCUGCUCGCAGUGCCUGAAUCCGCCGUGGCACUGCAGACGCUGGCUAGUGUGCGGAUUUCCCAGCAGAGGGUUGGAGACGCGGUAGCUGCGCUGAGAAGGGCGUUCGAUGGGUGGAGGGGCUUGCCCCCUGCGCAUGAGGACGUGCCACCGUAUGCGGAUAGGGUUAACCUCUCCAAGUUGCUGAUUGAGACGGGGGAGUAUGAGGUUGCCUUGGAGGUUCUGGAGAGGCUGAGGGAUGAGGAUGAUCAGUUGCCGGAUUUGUGGUAUUUGGGCGGGUGGUGUUUGUUCUUGCUGGGCGAGGUGGAGAGGGAGAGGGAGGGUGGCGGGGGUGAGUGGGAAGAGAGUUGGGGGACGGCGAGGGAGUGGUUGGAGAAUUGUCUUUUGUUGUACAACGCGCUCGAAUGGGAGGACGAAGGCAUAAGGGAUCAUGCGAAAGAGAUAUUAUCCAACAUUAAAAAGGAGCUUCCAGAAAGAAUGGAUAAAGGUGAAGACGUGGAGGAUGGCGGAGAGGACGGGGGAGAAGAAGGGGAAUGGGAGAGCGAUGAUGAUGAUGAUGAGAUGGAGGAUUAA